GGCCCCCGACGCCACGCCCCCCCGAGGAAACAGCUGCGCGGGGCUGCCGGGGCCGCCGCGGCGCCGCCCGAGGCGCUGGGCUGGUGAGCGCUGGGCACCUGAGCCGGGAACCUCCCCGCGGCGGCGGCUCCCGGCCCCCGGCCCUGGUCUCGGUCCCAUUGGCCACUCCGCUGCUACUGGAAGGUAAUCAUAGCCUCCUGGUGUCGCACAUCCAUGGGAAUAAUGAAUUUAUUUGGACUAGAAACUAAGACCUGCUGGAAUGUCACCAGAAUAGAACCUCUUAAUGAAGUUCAAAGCUGUGAAGGAUUGGGAGAUCCUGCUUGCUUUUAUGUUGGUGUAGUCUUUACUUUGAAUGGACUAAUGAUGAGAUUGUUCUUCGUGUAUGGAGCAUAACCUGAGGAUGUCAUGCCCAGAGCUGUAGUGGUCGUCUUGUGACCAUAAGGGAAAGGCCAUAAAAAUAGCAGAUAUAUCUGGCCUACCAUCCUUCUGCUGCUGAACCAAUGCCAACAGUGGGACUCAACUAGGAGGUCUUAUUACAGUACUGUGCUGCUUUUUCAACCAUGGAGAGGUCACCCAUGUGAUGUGGACACAACCUCUCUGUGAAAGUUUUUCCUAUCCAUUCCUUGUACUUCAGAUGUAUAUUUUAACUUUGAUUCUCAGGGACUGUAUUAUUCCUAUUUCAAGACUAUUGUGGAAGCACCCUCAUUUUUGAAUGGAGUAUGGAUGAUUAUGAAUGAUAAACUGACUGAAUACCCCCUUGUCAUUAAUACAUUAAAAAGAUUCAAUCUUUACCCUGAGGUAAUUUUGGCCAGCUGGUACCGGAUUUAUACCAAAAUAAUGGACUUGAUUGGUAUUCAAACCAAGAUAUGUCGGACGGUUACCAGAGGAGAAGGACUCAGUCCUACUGAAAGCUGUGAAGGAUUGGGAGAUCUUGCUUCCUUUUAUUUGCUGUAAUUUUUAUUUUAAAUGGACUAAUGAUGGCAUUAUUCUUCAUAUAUGGCACAUAUUUAAGUGGCAGCCGAUUAGGAGGCCUGGUUACAGUGUUGUGCUUCUUUUUCAAUCAUGGAGAGUGUACCUGUGUAAUGUGGACACCACCUCUCCGCGAAAGCUUCUCAUAUCCAUUUCUUGUUCUUCAAAUGUUGCUUGUGACUCAUAUUCUCAGGGCUACAAAACUUUAUAGAGGAAGUUUGAUUGCACUCUGCAUUUCCAAUGUAUUUUUCAUGCUUCCUUGGCAGUUUGCUCAGUUUGUACUUCUUACUCAGAUUGCAUCAUUAUUUGAAGUGUAUGUUGUUGGGUACAUUUAUCUAUGUAAAUUAUGGAAGAUCAUUUAUAUACACAUGGGUAUUCUGGCAAUGAAACCACAUUUCCUGAAAAUAAAUGUAUCUGAAUUUAGUUUAUGGGUUAUUCAAGGAUGUUUUUGGUUAUUUGGAACUGUCAUACUUAAAUACUUGACAUCUAAAAUUUUUGGUAUUGCAGAUGAUAUGGAGUUUCACUCUUGUUGCAAUGGCGUGAUCUUGGCUCACCACAACCUUCCUCUCCCGGGUUCAAGCGAUUCUCCUGCCUCAGCCUGCCGAGUAGCUAGGAUUACAGUGACCGCCCACUCGCACCUGCUGAACAGCAAGGUCCACGGGGUAGGAACUGCACGUGUCAGGGACUAUGUGUGGCACUGUAUGGCAAGUCUCCAAAACUGGGAAGCACCGCUUUACAUAGUCCUCAUGGAUUCCAAAGCAUGAGUUGGGCUGCUUUUGAAUAGUGGGAGAAGGGAGUUUACCCCAAUCACAGAAACCAUACCAACUGAAAGACAAAUCAGCAUGUUGCUGGACGACCCCUCACAGAGCUCCUAGAUCCUUGAAGUGUGAACUUCAGCAGCUGAGAGGUAACAAUUGUACACAAAUCACACUAUCAUGCUCCAACGAAUGAUGUGGCCCUUAUGAAACAAGAUGUUAGAAUGAAUUCUUUAUAGUCUCAGCGCAAAAAAGAUUCAAGUACUGUUUAAGGUUUUGUUUGGUACUACUUUCUUCUCUUCAAACAGUAUUUCCUGAGGUUAACUUUCUUGGAAGAAGUGGAAUUAAUGGAGUUCUCACAUUCAGCCCUUCAAUUUAUCAUUGCUGAAUUAUUGAGUUAUGCUCAAAUGAGUAAUACAAUUUGUGUUUAGAAAACACAAAGUGGAAAAUUUAGAGACAUUUAGAUUAUGUUUCUAUGUUCAUUUCAAAUGCCUUGGGAGCAUUUACUUCUUAAACAUUUAGUGAGGAAUAAACCAAAUAUAAUCAGGGCCCUCCUUUAUUUCCCCAGCAAUCUGGGAUAGAUCAUACUCACAAUGUAUUUCCCAAGUAUCCUUUGUUACUAAAAGGCAGUCUGUUCCCCAUAAGUACUCUCUGAGAACGGCCAUCCCAGGUAUCCUUGAAAAGCAAAUGAGAGCUGAGCAUGGCAAACACACGAGGUCCAGCUGUGUACAAAUCAUCAGUAGAUGGCACACACAUGCAUGUAUGUGCCUAACAUGAAACCAGAUGUCCUUUCUCAGAUGACAGAUGUCAAGGCUGCAGUUUUCUUCUCUUGCCUCUUACUUUGCUGAAUAUAAACUAAGAUGAGAUUUCUAUUUAAUACUUACAAUCACCUUGCUUUUCUUUUAAGAUACUUCUAGAAGGGGGUAGGGAUUGAUUAUAGGAGGACUUUCAGUUAGGGAAGUAGAAGACUAAGUGCUUUGAAAAGCUUUAUGAAUAAGACUACAAGAAAAGCUGUAGGUCUGCAAACACCCAAUAGAAAACUGUUUAAAAAAGAAACAGGCCAGGAGCAGUGGCUCAUGCCUGUAGUCCCAGCACUUUGAGAGUCUGAGGCGGGCAGAUCACUCGAGGCCAGGAGAUCAAGACCAGCCUGGCCAACAUGGCAAAACCCCGUGUCUACUAAAAAAUACAAAAAUUAGCUGGGCAUCGUGGCGCAUGUCUAUAAUCCCAGCUACUUGGGAGGCUGAGGUACAAGAAUUGCUUGAACCCGGGAGAUGGAGGUUGCAGUGAGCCGAGAUGGCACCACUGCACUCCAGCCUGGGCGAUAGAGUGAGACCCCGUCCCCGCCCCCCACCCCCAAAAAAGAGAAACAGAUGGCACAAACUCUGGAAUAAAAAAAAAGUGCUUGUAAGACUGCAACAUGACUGCAGUUGAAAAAUAAACACAUAGGUCUUCUUUGAAAGUAUUGCCCUACAGACACAUUCAUGUUAAACUGCUUCAGUAUCAUCGAACCAUCACUCUGCUAUUUCUCUGCACACCCACCUGCACAGUUAUAAAGAGGAGGAAAGCACAGUGAUACUCCUUGAUGUCUGAAAGCAAGUUUUUAAGGAUGUGGAAAGAACAAACUAAAAACGUAAAACAAAACACCCAGUCCUCAGAACUACCACCCCUAACUUUCAUGUUUCUGGGAGGAAGUGAAUUAAUAAAUGCUUUGUGGGUAGAAAGCAAAAAAAUCAUCACAUAAUUCAGCAAAAUAAUGAAGGCCCAACUGUAUGACCCCUUCACUUUAUAAGCACGUUUUAAGGCCAACUUUAGAGAAAAUGGUAAUAUAAAUUAAUUUUAGCAAGUAUAAAUUACAAUGACCAUCUAGAUAUUCAAACACCAAAACAGAACAAAAUUUACAUAAGUAAAAACUCUUCUAAAGUAAACCAAUGUACAAUAUCAGAACUCAAAAUUCAUUAGAAGGUUCACUGUAUGUUUUAAUCAGGCUCAGACUGAAAUAAAAGUAGUCAAUUGAAACCCCAACCUGGAAAGCCAUCCCUGCUAUGGCUGUGAUUUCAUCAUUUCGGCAUCCCGAAACAUUCACUUAGAGCAACAUCCAUGUAAACAGUUCGACAUAUGGUCCCCUGCUGUGGAUCUGUGGCUGGUAACAGCCUGGGAGCAGCAGACAGACAGGGGACACUUAAACCUCAGAAAACAAUAGCAGCCUCUGACGCCUUGCUCAAGGCUUCCCAUCCGGUGGCUCAGUGAGACUUUGGGAGGUGGAAGUGGUGAAAGUGGAAAGCCAUGAAGACAUAGCUGU